AUGGACACAGGAAGCCUGUGCACCGUGGAGCGGCGCGGCCGCGUGCACCUCAUCACCAUCACCGGCGCCGGCGAGCACCGCCUGGGCCUCCCCCUCAUCUCGGCCCUCCGCGCCGCCGUGGCCGCCGCCCGCGCCUCCCCGGGCGCCGGCGCCCUGGUCCUGGCCGGCGAGGGCAAGUACUUCUCCAACGGGUUCGACCAGGCCUGGGCGCGCACGGUCCCGCUCCACCUCCAAGUCUCCAUGAGCGAGGGCUUCCGGGGCCUCCUCGCCGACCUGCUCGCGCUGCCCAUGCCGACCGUCGCGGCCGUCACGGGCCACGCCGCCGCCGCGGGCUGCGCGCUGGCCCUGGCCCACGACACCGUCGUCAUGCGCGCCUCCCGCGGGUUCCUGUACAUGAGCGAGGUGGACGCCGGCAUCAAGAUCGUCGACUACUUCGCGGAGCUGCUCCGGCAGAAGGUCCCCGACGCCGCCACCAGGCGGGACAUGCUCCUCGCGGGGGCCAAGAUGACCGCGGCGGAGGCGGUGCGGCGGGGCGUGGUGGACGCGGCCGCGGACGGCGGCGUCGAGGACGUGGUGGCCGCGGCCGUCGCGGCGGCCGAGGGGCUCGCCGCGAGGGGCUGGGACGGGGAGGUCGUGGCCGAGAUCAGGAAGGCCAUGUGGCCCGCCGUGUGGGGAAAGGUCAAGGAUUACGGCGCCGAGGCGGCGGCUGCGGCGCGGCCGCGGCUGUAG